GCUGGAGGCGAACUAGACUCGCAGGAUGCGGGCGGGGUGAACAGUGCAUAUUAUGAACAAAUGUAGCCCAAUCUAGCAUAGACCACAAACUCAGUCACUCACUAAUAUCCUCAGGUUCUUUGAGGGUAAGGUCAAAUCAUCAUGGCUGCUACCUCCCAGGUGUUCAGGGUCAUCCAUGGCAGGAGAUUUGGUCAAAUCCUGGUGCCAGCUAUAACAUGCCAAAACUGCAGUCUGUCGUCUCAUCUCUGCACCAAUGCAACUCAGCCACGUAGUUUUGUUCAAAGAUGGCGGCACCAGUCACGGGGAUACAGGACCUCACCUGCAAGGCAAACCUACUACCUGACCCCACCUCAGGUAAACAGCAUCCUAAAGGCAAAUGAAUACAAAUUCAAAGUUCCUGAGUUUGAUGGCAAGAACCUUAGUUCAGUCAUGGGCUUUGACAGCAACCAGCUACCGGCAAACGCACCAAUUGAGGAUCGGAGAAGUGCAGCGACUUGCUUGCAGACGCGCGGCAUGCUUUACGGAGUAUUCGAUGGCCACGCAGGCUGCGCUUGUGCUCAGGCGCUCAGCGAGCGGCUCUUUUACUACAUUGCUGUUUCGUUGCUGCCGCAUGAGACGUUGACGGAGCUGGAGAACGCCGUGGAGAACGGACGACCUGUUCACCCAAUUCUGCAGUGGCACAAGCAUCCCAACGACUACUUCAGCAAGGAAGCCUCACGGCUCUACUUUUCCAGUUUGCGCACAUACUGGCAGGAGCUUCUGGACCUGAGCGUUCCUGGGGAGCAACCUGAUGUUGUUGAAGCUCUUGUGAGUGCCUUUAAAAGGUUGGACAAUGACAUGUCCCUCGAAGCACAGGUUGGCGACCAAAAUGCGUUCUUGCACUACUGGAUGCUUCGUGUGGCAUUUUCAGGUGCUACCGCAUGCGUUGCACACAUCGAUGGUAAUGAGCUGCAUGUUGCCAACACUGGAGAUGGCCGUGCAGUCCUGGGCGUACAAGAACCCGAUGGCUCUUUUUCUGCCUUGACGCUCUCCAAUGACCACAACGCGCAGAACGAAUCCGAGGUGCAUCGCGUGCGGUCCGAGCACCCGCUUUCCGAGGCCAAGACUGUGGUGAAGCAGGAUCGUCUCUUGGGGUUACUCAUGCCAUUUCGCGCUUUCGGCGACGUUAAAUUCAAGUGGAGCAUCGAGCUGCAGCGCCGUGUUCUUGAGUCCGGACCGGACCAGCUCCAUGAGAAUGAGCAUGCCAAGUUCAUCCCACCCAACUACCACACGCCACCCUACCUUACUGCGGCACCGGAGGUGAUACGACACCGCCUUCGUCCACAGGAUCGUUUCCUGGUGCUGGGCUCGGACGGGCUGUGGGAAACGCUACACAGGCAGGAGGUGGUGAGGAUUGUGGGUGAACAUCUCACUGGAGUGCACCAGCAGCAGCCAGUCAGUGUUGGUGGCUUUAAGGUGACCCUGGGUCAGAUGCAGGGAUUGUUGCAGGAAAGGAAGGCUCGCAUCUCCUCCACCUUCGAGGACCAGAAUGCAGCUACACACCUGAUUCGGCACGCGGUGGGGAGUAAUGAGUUUGGAUUGGUGGACCAUGAGAGGUUGUCAAAGACUUUAAGCUUGCCAGAGGAUUUAGCUCGCAUGUACAGGGAUGAUAUCACUAUCAUUAUAGUGCAGUUUAACCCACAUGUCAUAGGCGGACAGUAAAAGUGGGCCUACUCUUUCGUCCACACGCUCUGUUACAUAUCCUGUGCACAAUCUCAUCGUUGUAUUAUCAGUAAUAUCAGCACAGCAAAAUGUUACCUAUACCAGUGGAAUGUAUUACAUUUUAAUGUUCAUUUUUAUUUUCACAUAUGCAUGGCAGCUGCCUUAAAGGGGUGAGUGGCGUUGAUUCCCAAUGUUACAUGUGGAAUGAAGCUAAACAGAAAAGGUUAUGCUGAGCCCACCACAGACCCGCUAUCACGAUUAAACAGUCAAAAUGCAACACAAAACCAUAAAUUAAGACUGGAAAUCUCAUAUCUGGUGAGAUUUACUAAUGUAGAUUUAGCAGAUUUUGCACUGAGGAGAGACUUUAAAUAGUGAGGAUGACUGUAGUGUGCCAAAAUUAUCUUUUAUGUUGAAUGCUUUUAACUUUUGAACGAAUGAA